AAAAUCUUCUUAUCGAGUCGCAUUUCUUUCGCUCGCGCGUUCCAAAAGCGAGGGCUCCCUUCCUCUCCGUGACCAAGAGCUUGUUCUCGACGAAGGAGAGGAGAAUGCUGAAGCUCUACGUGGAGGCGCCGCCGCCGCCGGUAUUGAACCGGAACACGGAGUGGGUGAUGUACCCGGGCGUGUGGACGGCGUACGUACUCCUAAUCUUCUUUGCCUGGAUCGCCGUCCUCUCCCUCCUCCGCUGCUCGCCCGGCGUCGCCUGGACCGUCGUCAAUCUCGCCCACUUCUUCGUAACAUAUCACUGUUUUCACUGGAGGAAAGGAACUCCAUUCGCUGAAGACCAGGGUAUCUAUAAUGGUUUAACUUGGUGGGAGCAGAUGGACAAUGGCAAGCAGCUUACCAAUAAUAGAAAGUUUUUGGCUACUGUACCGGUGAUCCUGAUGUUAUGCGUGCGAUCACACCUCAGAAAAGUAAACUUACGAUUGAAGGAUAUAGGAGAUUAUCAGGUACCUGAUUGCCUCGCACACGACGGACUACCAGCAUCCGAUGCUCUUCCUCAAUACUCUUGCUGUGUUUGUGCUGGUGGUUGCCAAGUUCCCUAACAUGCACAAAGUCCGUAUCUUUGGAAUUAAUGGAGAUCACUGAUCAAGUUCCCUAACAUCGGAUGCUCUUCUUCAUGAGCCUCCCAUCAUUGUGGAUGGCUGUCCUUGUCUUGGGACCGUGCACUAAAAAGUUUUGGGUUUUGAUUUUUUGCUCCCAAUGUUGCAAUUGUUCUUGCAUUGGCUGAUAUUAAGUGAAAAUAAAUUGCAACAUGCAUGCCAAAUUGAUCCAGCAUUAGUAGAAAAUUUGGCUUUUGUACCUUUGGCAUUUGCUCGAGGGAAGUUUUUCAGGUGGUGUCGCAAUUAUUCUCCCUCCCUCCCUGAGCCAUCUAUUUGCUCCUUGUGUAUUAUUUAAGACAUUUAUUUUCACUGUCCACUAACGGUUCUUUUA